GUUUGUCAAGUGAAACCAGAUUGCGGCAUUAUGGACUUUUACGCGUACGUUGUUUUCUUAGCGCUCUUUCCGAAAAAAUCGUUUUCAGAUGAUAACGUCAAGACCCAAUCUUACGAUAUUUACAUGGCUCUUGGAAAGGAUUCGUUCGAGCCGCUGAUGGACAAUACACCCCAGUACAAUGGCAGCGUCGGGAUCAUUUUUACAGUUAUUGAGGAUGCUCCUUCAGUGAAACUCAAAUCAAAUGCGAAACUACUCACAAUAAAAAAUGUCACUAUCGACGGAACAUUACUUGACGAGUCUCAGUACACUGUGAACGAGGCUGACCAAAGUGUGACAGUUCAACACGAGUUCCAUAAAAAUACCGAAUACAACAUUUCAAUAAUUUAUACUGGUUUAAUGCAGGAGGAAACGGAAGAUGUCCCCUUCGGUAUCAAACAAAAUAAUUUUCAAGGCAAGUUAUUUUACGUGUGGGCCGUUUUUGUCGAUGUGCAAGAUAUGAUGCCAUUUUUUGAACGAAAAAAGCACAGGAUCAUUGCUAAUAUUACAAUCGUGCAUCCCCGAGGACAUAAGGUUUUUGGUAAUACGGCGGUGAUGUCCGAGACAGAACUAGAAGGCGACAUGGUGGAGAGCAAAUUGUCGCCGUCACCUCCGGCGCAAUUUCCAUCCAUAAGUUUCAUAGUUUCCAACAUUUUCCGAUGUGAAGACGCGCAACCUGUAAACGGAAUCCCUAUCAGAGUGUGUUCACGCGAGAAUGUUAUGCGCGAUUCAAGCUGGGCGUUGAAAUACAUACCGCAAAUCGUUUCCUUGCUUGAGCGGUUUAUGAACAAUAGUCUUGCUAUGCAUACCAACUUCAACAAGUUAGACCUAAUCGCUCUACCGGGUCAAUACAAUGUCUUAAGCUUUUGGGGACUGUUGACCUGGGCCGAGUAUCUGUUGCUGCCCGAUUUAAAAAGAGAAACAGAGAGACAAUUCGGUACCGGCGGAUUUGCUCAUGAAUUGUGUCACCAAUGGAUCGGAGAAUUGGUAACCCCAAGUAAUCACAUCUUCGAAGGUUUUUGCGCUUUCAUGCAGUACUUUAUUCCUUCACAAAUAAAUGACCUUUCUGAUUGGAAGUACAUCAGUUACAUGAUCCCGGAAAUACAUGAGGGCUUAAACAUAGACGCGGAUAAAGACACUCAGGCUUUAGCAGAGCCUGUUGGAAAAUUGUUGAUAUACAGAAAAGGUGCUCCUCUGUUUCGUAUGAUACAGCAUGCGAUGGGACAUGACAAUUUUGAAAAAGCAAUGCAGAAAUACGUUAUGAAAGUUGCGUAUACUCCCACCUCGGACAGCGAUCUGUGGACAGCAUUCCAGGAAAAUGUGGAUAACUCGAUAUCGAAGAUUCCAGAUGGCGUCGACUUUGCGUCAAUAGUUUCGUCUUGGUUCGGGCAGCCUGGAUAUCCUGUGGUGAAAGCGACUCGUGUCGGCAACGAUUUGAUGAUCUCACAAGAAAGGUUCGUCAGAUUCUCCGAGGACACCACUACAAAGUGGUACAUACCCAUAACCUACACGACAUCGUCAAACAUUCAAAACUUUGAAAAAACCGAACCCAUGCUUUGGUUAUCGCCGUCCGAAGAAAGUGCAAUUAUACCUCUCGACAGUUCUGACUCCUGGGUAAUUUUAAAUAACCAACAAACAGGAUUCUACAGGGUAAUGUACGAUGAUCUUUUGUUGGAAAAUAUCUCGAAAGCGUUACAGCAACCGAAUUUCGAUGGGAUCAGCGAGAUAAAUCGCGCGCAAAUUGUCGACGAUCUGUUCGCUUUUGCGGAAAGCAAGAAAACAAAAUACUCCAUGAUAUUUGAGGUGCUUGACUAUCUUAAAAAUGAAGUGGAUUUUCUUCCGUGGACGGCCACAUUUACCGCCUUCACCGCCAUAUUUGAGAACUUUUCGCGACACGAAGUCAUGCUGAGAUAUAAAAUGAGGGUACAUUUGGUAUGCCUGCUUGAGAAACUGUACGCUGCUGUACCAAUAAAUGCGCCAAUUCCAAAUGACAACCAAUAUUACGCCAGAAAUCAAGCCAUGGUAGGCAAAUGGGCUUGCGGAUUGGGUUACGCACCUUGCAUAGAGGAUGCUCGCCCAUUCUUCCAAGAUUAUAACGAAGGCACAUUCAUAAACCCGCAUGUGGGGACCGAAGCAGUGUGCAAUGUCAUACGUUUCUCAGCAAAUGAGUCUUACUUUCAGUACCUUUUGGAUGAGUAUAAAAGCGAUACAGUUACCGAAUGGUGGCAAGAGCAACUGAUAAUACAAAUGACCUGCGUUCCUGACAUCAACAAGAUUCAACUUAUGCUGAACUGGACACUGAGUAACUCAUCGGUGUUGGAAUCUACAUCUCAUGCCGUCACAAUUUACUCAAAGCUCUCAAAGGGUUCAGAAGAACACUUUGAACAGGUGCUACAGUUUUUCUUGAAGAACAUGGACACGAUUCUCAGCACGUUUGGUAGCAUACUUUAUAUGCUUGUGAUACGCCUGACGGAGAGAUUCCCAGAUAAAGAUAAUUUUGACCAGAUGGAGGCAUGGAAGACGAUUCCAACUUCCGAUACAUUUUUUCUUGAUGUUAUAGCGUCUUUUCUCGACUCAAAUCGUCAUAAGCUUGAAUGGAUUAAAUGGCAUAAGGAUGAUUUCUACAGCUACUACGAUCUAAUUCCAGAUUCCGGUAAUUAAUAGCUCUGUCCAUAAUUAGUAUAUCAAGUUAACUGAAAAAUUGUAAACUGAAUUGUAAACGUAGAAUUUUUUUAUGCAUAUAUAUUCAUUUAACAUUUUCUUAAAAAGCAAAAAAAAAA